AUGGACGGGGCCGGGAGCCAGGAGGCGCCGCCGGCCCCCGCAGGCGCGCGCUUCGUGAACGUGCCGAGCCAAGGGCCGGCCCUCGCGUUCGACACCGUCAGAGCGCCGCCCCGCGCACCCGACGCGACGCGGGAGCCAGAGACCUUCCAGACGGUCGAUCCGAGCGACCUCGAGGAGAUGCUGACGGUCGCCUUCCGCAAGUCCCUCGACGUCAUCAAGGCAGUCGAGCAUCCCGCACCGACGUGCGCCGAGCCCUGGCGCGACCCGAACGUCACCAUGGUGCUCGCCCAGAUCGAGGCCGAGGCCGAGGCGCGCACGCCCGACAUCAAGGCCACCACCACGCUCGUCAGCGCCCUGGGCGGCGUCGGCACCAGCGCCUUCUGCGACGCGGUCAGCACCGACGAGCGCCGGCUGUCGGCGCGGCGGAGCGGGACCGGCAGCGUCGACGUGUACGAGCAGGCGGGCGGCGCAGAGACGCCGGUCACGGCCCAGGUCGAGGCCGCGCGGCGCGGUGCCGUCACGACCGCCGUUCAGGGGUUCCGGGCCUGGGACCAGUACCGCGAUGAGUAUGCGCUCGAACAGAAACCGCGCGAGAUGUUCCGGACCCGCAUCGGCGUGCCUUGCCACGGCAAGCUCCUCGGCGUCGACACGUCGGGCUCGUGGGUGCCGUCGCAGCGCGCUGUUGUGUACGACGCGGCGGGGCCGAUGGAAGCGAUGAUUUUGAGUGCCGCCUCGGACGGAGAAGCCCCGAUGUCGCCGGAGGUCCUCGCGGCGCUCGUCGUCGGCGCGCUGCGCGAGACCGCCGCGCCACCCGACGCCCUGAAGCGCAUCAGCGUGACGUCGCUGGUGGCGCCGCGGCCGGGGUCGUGGGCGGCGGCGCACCCGGGGCGCAAGGGAACGUGGGCGGGGCGCGUGCCUGCGGUGCGCGUGAACGUGCUGCUGUGGAGCGGGCACGGCCAUUACAUGAGGUGUAUCUUCUUGUCGACGUGCGACGGCGCCGAGUGGAGCGUGUUUGGCACGAAGAACGGUCGCAUCGUGCUGGCGGCCAAGGAUCUCGGCACGGGCCCGUCUGCGCCCCUCGCUGGGCCGUCGCAGUCGUCCGCGGCCCCGCGAGUCGCUGCGAGCAGGCGGGGGUUCGUGUGUCGUCCCAGCGACGACGUCUGUCUGUCCUUCACGGCGGUGCGGUCGAACCCGCGGCCCCGCGACGCGAAGCCGAAGAUCGAGACCUUCCUGAACAUGGACAUGGACGACGUGGAGGCGGCCGUCGAGGUCGCGCUGGAGCAGGUCGAAGACAUCAUGAGCAGGACCACCACGCUCUACCCUUCUGGAGAGACUUGCGAAGUCAGCGGCGUUCUCGUCCAGGUCGAGGCGGAGGCGCUCUCGCUCAGCCGCGACUUCCGCGUCACGGCCACGCUCGUCGACGACCUCGGGCCGGGAACGAGCCUCUUUUGCAAAGCAAUGAGCACGGCCGAACGGAGGGUGUUCGCUGAGAAGAACGAGGACGGGGCGUGGCGCGUGUACACGACGCGGACGGUGGACGGCGUGGAGUCGGCGCCGAUCGACUGCACGGAGGAGGUCGAGCGCGCGCGACGGUUUGCCAAGCACACCGCCGACCAGGCACUCGCCGCGCACCGAUGCGCGGCGGCGGCGGCGGCGGCGGCGGCGGCCGGCGAGAACCCGCCGUGCGGCUACUUGUUCAGGACGGAGAUCGUCGCGCGCGGCAUGUUCGUUGCGGCGAAGGAGGACCUGAGCGACAAACAGCCGUGUACAAAGAUCCAGGUCCAGGCGGAGUGGCACAAGGAGCACCCCACCAUCAUCACGACGUCCCGCUUGGCGCUCGGGCCCUCGGCGGCUAACGCCGUCUUUCUUGUCUGCGAAGGACCCCCGGGCCAGGCCUGCAUCACCGUGCGGCCCUUCCGAGCAGACGACGUGUUGAAGCAACUCUGCAAGGACGCGCUGAUGGCGCCGCUGAGCUACGGCUGCGCGGCCGCGCACCCGAAGCGCGCGUGGAACAAGCGCGGGGAGUUCCCGGCGGUCAAGGUCAAUGUGCUCUCCUACUACCACCCCCAGGACGGCCUGAGUCACAAGGUGUUCUUGUCGCUGCCCGAGGGCAAGGAGUGGAGGCUGAAGCCGCCUCUGAAGCGUGCUGCGAGCGAUGAUGGGCGACACCUGGUCGUGCACGACACGAGCGACGGGGCCGAAGAGCCGGCGCCCAGCCUGACGUGGCAGGACUUCUUUGCGAUCCAUGGCUGCAACGACGGUGUCGACAACGACAUGUCGGGAAAGAAGCACACAGGUGUGGGCGACGCGUCCGCGGCCACCGCUUCGUCGGCGGACAAGUGCGCGUUCUGCGCCCCGAAACCGCACGCUCUGUGCGACCCCGCCGCGGCGCCGCAGGGGGCGCGCUUCGUGUGCGCGCCCGGCGACGCCCUGUCGUUCGGCUUCAAGACCGUGAGGGCGCAGCCUCGGCCCGUGAAUGCGCGCCCGAGCCAAGAGACGUUCCUGAACGUGCCGCUGGAGGACCUCGAGGAGCUUCUGCGGGUCACGUUCAGCUUCGUACGCGCGAUCAAGGACCCUGACAGCAAGACCCCCCCGAAACUCGAAAGGCCCGCGGUCCUGACCCGCAUCGGGCCCGAGAGCCUGGCAGGCUACUCCGACAUCCGCGCCACGUCGACGUUCAAUCUGCCUGACGACUCGAACGUCGACUUCUUCUGCCGUGCCAUCAGCGUCGACGGACGUCGCCUGUCCGCACGCAAGGGCGCCGACGGCAAAUGGCGCGUGACCGCUACAUUCGACGCGGACGGCAAGGUCGUCGGCCCGUUCGACUGCUCGGUGCUGAUCAAGGGCGGGGGCUACGACGCGCUCUACGCGAUGGCGCGGGCGACAGACGCCUACUACGAAUCUGAUUCAGACGAACUGUCAGACAAACUCAUCGGCCCCUGCGGCUUUCGCAAGCGCUCGCGGUCCCGGCACGAGGGGCUUGACAUCGACAUCAUCACCGACGUCGUGAUGUCGCCGGAGCAGCCGGACAUGCUCUUCCUCGGCAACUCCUUUCCCCGGAACGCCUGCGGAGAGCUGCCGCCCGAGAGCGCCUUCAGAGCGGCGAUGUCGUGCCCCGACUUCCGCGCGAAGCAGAUCGUCACCGUCCUGCGGAGGUUGGGAGCCGUGGAGUCGCUGGCAGCGCGCGUCCCGGAACGCGCAGGCGGGACCGGGGGCGCUUCUGCGGUGACGGUCAACAUGGUUUAUGGGUUCGGGGACUAUGGGAUGCCGCUCGUCUGGCUGUCGCUGCCGGAGGGUGCGCGCUGGACGCUCGGGGCUCCGCCGAGGGCCCCGAGGUCACGGCCUGGGUCGGAACCGGCGAUCAUACCUGUUGGCGUCGAGGUGUUUGACCGCGAAGCGUUUCACGCGGAGCCGAGCUUCAGCGGCAUGUACUGGCUAGACCUGCACGACAUGGACACAACGCUGAGGAAUAUCUUGCCGCGCCUCGGAUAUGAGCCGGGGCCCGGUCUGGACGAGUUGUGCAAUCAGGAGAUUCAGGCGAUGCUUAGGGAGACAGAGCAGAGGGCGUUGAACGGUCCCGAUCCUGAGCGGGACGAGAAGAGUACUGCAGAGUUCGAUGCCCUCCUGCGGCAGUUCCCCCCGGAGAGAUUCGUGUUCGAUCUGCCCAGUCCUUCCACGAUGAAUGAAAGUUGCUACCGCGACGCCAUCGACAAGCUCAUCCUCGACGCGAUGCCCACGGUACCGGCGAGCCGCGGGCCCGGGAGCUUCGCGCAGCCUCGCGCACCGCCGGCGCCCGCCGUCGGCAGCGGCCAACAACAGGGGGGGAGUAAGAAGAAGAAGAAACAGAAUCAGCGGCAGCGGCAGCGGGCGAAGCUGCAGGCGAACAGGGGCGACAAGGAGUGA